CUUUUGUUUACAUUUAAUAAAUUUCAUUAAUUCUACUAAAAUGCUAUGAUAUUCAAUAGAAAAAGACAAUGGAAGUGAAUCAAGUGCUUUCAACAGUGAGUACGCACAUAACUAAUGCACAGCCAAAACAAGAAGACGAUGUGUUAAAGGCUGAAAAUGUUACUUUACAUGCCGACUGCUGCUUAUUUUGCAAGAAUUGUGAGUUUAUUACGUUCUCACAGGAUUCCUUGUCUACCCACAACUGUUCAAAUCAGAUUCCAGAGAAGUUUUCAUGUCCUGCAUAUCAAAUCUGUAAAAUGGGAAGUUUCACAUCAAAGGAAUCGCUUAAAGUGCAUCUACAGAUUGAUCAUAAAGUGGCUGAAGAUGAAUUAGAUAAGUUCUUAGCUAAUAUGCAGAUAUCUGAGAUACAUAAGAUCCAAAUCGUUGACUGUCAUUUUCAAAAACAUUCAGUUGGUAGCAAUGACUUACAAAAUAAGCCAAAAAGCAAGAUAUUCAUUAAGGACGUAACUCUGUUGAGAAAACCAGACUUGCCGAAUGAAAUUAAUCUUCCAAAUAUCUUCGAUUCGUUAGAUUUGACACAUGAAGACGAUAUCUUUGACGAUUUUCUGGCUACUGACGAGCCUGAAAGCUUUGAUUUUGACUUUGAGGAACCGACCGUACACACUGAACAAGAUGAUGUGAUUAUAGCCAAUUCCGAAGUUCUAAAUAAUCCCGAUGGAUCAUUAACUGGUAAAAUAUUCGUGAGAGCUUUGAACAACAUGUGCGAGGAAGCGACUAAAGCAGACAGCUCCGAAACUGACCUUAAAUCUCAAGCAUAUGAAAGCUCAACAAGUAAGAUAUUUGUACGCAGUCAUGAAAGCUUAACAAGCCAAGUAAUUACAACAGAUGUAGCACAACAACCUUCAGAAUCAUCAACCCCAGACUGUGUCAUCGUGUCCUCUGAAAUAGUUGAAGAAGCUCCAACACCAAACAAAAUAUUUAUCAGAAAUAUUGAGACAUUAACAAAUCCACAAGCUGCAGACGCGAUUAAUAAGCAAUUCUUUGAUGAAAAUGUCGCAAAUACAACUGCAAAUUUCUUAAAUCACUCGACUACUAAUUACGCUAAUGCAUUUACACCCUCAAUUUACGUUAGAAGUUAUGACAGCUUAAUUAGCGAAUCUCAUCAACAAAUAACGACAGAAACAACUGAAGAAACAUCUCAGUCUAUCUGUAAAAUUUCUAUUAAGAACAUGAACACCUUAAUUGAGCCGACUUUGAUGAAUCCACCAACUUUGGGAAUAUUUGGAACAGCCCAAAAUCUGGUCAUUCACAUGCGACAAAAUAACACUGAUGAAAAUUUAAUAAACUUUCGUGACACUAGCGUGACUCCAGAUACUUUACCAGGCAGUUCAAAUGUAUCAACGUGUGGUGGAACUGAUGAUGUAAUUAUACUGGACGAUAGCGAGAUCAAUGACAAUUCAUUCACGACUUUUUCAAGUGCCGCAGAUUUACAGACAAGUCUAGAUGUCUGCAAUGAAAGUGAAAAGAUUUCAACAGAAGAGGUCGUGCUUGAAAAUAAUGAGAUUGAAAAUCCUGAAAGAAAUCAGACACCAAAUGACAAGCCAAAAAUUGACAUAACACCGCAUGAAAAUCAAAACACAGACAAUGUUGAAGAUCAGCCAAUGACAAGAAUACCGAUGGAUAUAGCAACAGUUAAUGAAGAAAUUGACAUAGAAAAAGAGGUACCGAAAAAGAAAAUGAAAAUAAUUAAAAUAAUUCGUGUCAAAAAGAAAGCCACAGAAUCAACAGUCAUAAAUCCACUUGAUGCAGUCCAAGUCGUUUUUAAAUGUAAUAUUGGAGAAUGCUCGCAGCACUUCUCGUCCGCAAAACUCCUCAAUUACCAUAAACGUUGUCAUUUUAAUAUCAAUCAAAUUGUGUGUCCGGAAUGCAAUAGUCAAGCAUUUAAAAGCUACAAUACACUUCACACACAUUUAUGGCGAAAUCAUUCAAUUGACAUGGACCUCUUUGGUUGUAAAUUGUGCAACUUUAAAACUCCAAUCUUGUCACGUCUUAAAAAUUUCCAUCAAAAGAUUCAUUUGAGCGAAAAGAAUUACAAAUGUGACUACGCGAGUUGCAAUAAGCGAUUUAAGAAUGCAAAGCAGCUUAAGAAUCAUUCACAAAUUCAUAAAGCUAUGAAGAAAAAGAACAAAAGUAUUCAGGCUAAUGACAAUGACUCGAUGAAAAAGAUCAGAUGUCAGAUUUGUAACAAAGGAUUUUCUAGUGAGUCUGGCCUUUAUAUUCACUUUAUGGAGCAUAAAAAUGACGAAAAGAGAUUUAUAUGUGAAGAAAAAGGAUGUGAAUACUCAACGAAUGAUCACAAUAGCUUCAGACGACAUAAAUUUCAGCACUCUAAAACUCAUCAAUAUACAUGCCCAGCUUGUGAUUAUAAAUCCAUACAAAGUAACACUUAUCGUAAGCACUUGGAGAAACAACAUAAAGAACUUGCUGAAAGUUUGCUGUUUAAGUGCGGUUCUUGUAAAUUUGUUACGAUAAGUAAGAGUAAAUACGAUGGACAUGUUGCUAAGCAUUUUGGAGAUGUUUAGAGUAUUUUUUGUAAGAAUUUCUAAUAAAUUAAAUUAUCUGUGAUACAAUUUAUAUUUAUAACGAUAGAUGUGAGCUAAAUUAUAAAUCGAAGAAUUUCUGAAAUAAAGAAAUAUGCC